GAAUCUUUGAAAAAAAAAAACCGAAAAUUGUCUAAAGAAGACAUUAAUGAUUUAAUAUCCAUUGACAAUCAGUCACAGAUUAAAAUGUGUUUGGUUGUACUCGGAAAAGAUCCAUUGGAAACGGAAAUCGCUGAACUGUUGUGGAGAGAUUUAGUGAAAGUUUAUACAACAGCAGACGAUAUUCCUGAGGACGAGCUACGGUUGUUAGGAUGGAUAUCGAAAGGAAUACCGGCUCCAGAUUUUAUGAAUUUGUCUUUAACGGAUAUCGAAACAAUAGCAUCAUUUGGAAAAUGGAGAAACUAUUCUAAAGAACAGGUCAUGUCUUUAAAACAAGCGAUUGAAGACCAAUGGAGUUACAAAAGCCCUUCCGAUUUUAGCAGCUACGAUUUGGCGGCUUUAGGUCAUGUUUUGUGCGUGUUCAAUAAAUCACAUAUAGCUGCGAUCAAACCGAUCGCAUACAAGGCAGCGGCGGCUGAUUUAUCAAAUCUCGUUAAUUGUCCGCAUGAGAUCAUAAGAGAAUUUGCCUCACUCGCUACCAGUAGAGACGCGUUCGGUGACCCUUCGGGAUGGACUGCUAUACAGAUAGCGUUAAUCGGAUGUGUAAUCGCCGGUUUGGAUUCURUACGCGAUAUUCAGCCAGACGCAUUCGAAGGAUUGGCCGCGUCUAGUGUGCAAUGUUUACCGAAUAACUUAUUACAGGCGAUGUCAAUUGAACAGCUAUCGCAUUUAUCGUUGUCUGCUGUCAAUGCUCUUACGCAUGCACAGCGUUCGUCAUUAGAUCGCGAACAGAUCACAGCCAUCCAAGAAACGGCCAAGACAUUGGGCUCGGUACUAAUAAACGACGGAUGCUGUUUCGCGAGCCGUACUACUUGGUCGACAGUCACACUAAUCACGUAUUUGCAGUUAUCGACAUUAAUAAUGAUUAAUUAG